AGAAAAGAGAAAAGAGAAAGGAACCAACAUUGAAGCGUUUCACCAAAAAUCAGCGGUAUUUAGUAAAGUGUAAAACAAAAAUCUUCCUAAGAACUUACUUAACUUUCCGAAAAUCUUGCAACGUGUGUACAAUACAAAAUGCUGUAUGAGUUCAUCGUUGUGAAAGACAUUACAUAAAGUGGUAAAAAGUUCAAUCCAUUGAAUAAACAAAAUGUUGGGUGAAAUUUUGUCCUUCAUUUCAUUGCUCACAGUGUUUGUUUUAAUGAUAAUUGAGUGUCUGAAAGUGUAUCUAAAUCAUACAAAGCUCAGAGCGUUUCAUCAGGUCAAAGGAUGGCCAGUGAUUGGGAAGGGAUUGGAUUUGAUUGGAAAAAAUAAUGUGGAAAUGUUUGAGUCAUUCAUCACUGAAACCGAAGAAAUGUCAUACGCUUGGAUUGGACCAAUACCGUUCCAUUGUAUGUUUCAUGUGGCUCGACCAGAGGAUUUUCAAGCGAUUUUAACUUCAGACAAGUUCAUAAAAAAGGCAUUUCCAUAUACAUUUCUGCACAAUCGCACAGGCCUAUUUACAUCACAGCCAAGCAUAUGGAAAAAGCAUCGCCGAGAAUUGAACUCGACACUUGGCCCAAAAAUGGUCACCACUUUUGUGCCGAUUUUCAAUAAGAAAUUCCAAAAAAUGACCGAUUUAAUGGAACGACAGAUCGGUACCAAUAUUGAUAUCCAUGAGAUCAUGUUUAGGGCAGUAAUUGAUACACUAUUGUGCACUUCAUUCGGUGUUGAUUCGGCCAUACAAAAUAAAAAAGGCACUGAGAUUUAUUAUAUGUUCGAUUCCGCCAUAGACCUUCUUCAAAAGCGCAUUCAGCGAGUAUGGCUAUGGACUCCAAUCUAUCACUUGACACUAGAUGGUAAAAUGGAAGAUUCGAAAUUUCAAGCAUUCUACCGAUUCAACCGAACAGCAUUGGAAAAUAAGAAAAUGAACUUAGCCGAAAAAUUAGAGCACGGCGAAGACGAACUUGCCAUAGCCAAGGCGAAUAAGAACCAAAAUUUUCUACAAAAAUGUUUACAAUUGGAAGUUGAGCAAGAAUUUACGGAUGAAGAAGUUUGCGAAGAAAUGGACACACUUUUGGUAGCAGCAGGUGUGGAUACGUCAUCUACAAUUUUCUUUGGCAUUACGUUAAUGUUAGCCAUUCAUCAAGAGUAUCAAGAGCGUGUUGUGGACGAAAUGCGUGAGAUAUUUGAUGACGUGAAUGAACCAGUGACCAACUGUCAUCUAUCUCGAAUGACCUUCUUGGAGCUUGUCAUAAAAGAAUCAAUGAGACACUUUCCAAUUGCACCGUUGAUUGGACGUGAGUGUACAUCGGAUUUUGAGAUCAACGGCGGUGUCAUUCCGAAAGGCUCACAAAUUUACCUAAAUUCAUUUCGUAUGCAUAGAAACGCUAAAUUCUACGGUCAAAAUGCACAUGAAUUUUAUCCAGAACGAUUUUUACCGGAAAAUUCCGCCGAUUGGCAUCCUUAUCAGUUCGUUCCAUUUGGCGUAGGAACACGGAAUUGCAUUGGAAGUCGUUAUGCAUUGACGUCGUUGAAAAUAGCUCUGUCGCAUAUUCUUAGGCGUUUCAAACUCACCACUGACUUGAAGCUACCUGAUGUGAUCAUUGAACCAUCUUUACUCCUGAAAAUUUGCAAUAAACAUGCCAUUCGAAUAGAGCGACGAGAGUGGAAAUCAAACAAAUAAAA